AAUUUGGCCAAUAUGCUCCUAUCUCUCAUUGGCCAACUACUCCGAGCGCCUUCCGACCCACUCUUACCCGAUGAGAUUAUGAAUUUAUAUCACAACUCCAAGGCAAUUGGAACGUCACCAGAUAUAAAAGAUCUGCAAACCGUAUUUUUGCACACCACGAAGCUUUCCAAAAAGACCUUUAUCAUUUUAGAUGCCUUAGACGAAUUCCCCAAGGGCACACGGGGAAGUGUCCUAUCCUGGAUUGGCGCGCUUAUGGCGGAUCAUGAUGCGGGAUCGCUGUCUAUUCUCGUCACCAGCCGUCCCGAGACAGAUAUAGUGAAAUCCCUAGAGCCACUUACCAAUUUUUCAAUAUCCCUACAAUCAAAUAUUAUAGAUCCAGAUAUCCGCGCAUGCAUACGGAACUCUCUAGACGGCAAGGAUGGCUUCAAGAAAUUCACCAAGGAAAUUAGGAGUGAGAUAGAGGACAUACUCGUCGCGCGUGCACAAGGAAUGUAUGUUGUGCUCAACUUUCGAACCUUUUAACUUAGGCUGAUACAAGGUUGGAAAUGUGAAGGUUCCGGUGGGUAGAUUGCCUUUUACGAAUCCUACAGGAAUGCAUAACGCCAAAGGCUGUUAGAGGCGCCUUGAAAGAACUACCGAAAGACUUAGAUUCUGUCUAUUUAAGGAUCCUUAACAGCAUUCACGAGACGCAGAGGGAAUACAUUCAGCGCGCGAUGCACUGGCUCGCAUUUUCAGCUGAACCAUUGAGCUUAUGCCAGCUUGCAGAAGCAGUUGUGAUCGAAUACGAUGUCAACAAGUAUGGCGAGGAUCCAGGAACGCUCUUUGAUCCGGAGUCCCUCAUGAGCAUUUGCCCAAGUCUUAUUUCCUUCGAAGAUGCCCGGUAUGGUGAACCCUCCGCCCAGGAAAGGCGGCGAUUACGACUUGCUCAUUUUUCGGUAAAGGAAUAUUUGAUCUCCGACAGGGCAGCUCAGGGCCCCAGCGCCUACUACCAUAUUUCGGAGGAUAAAGCCAAUUUACUGAUGAGCCAUGCUUGCCUUAGUCGGAUAUUGCGACACAGUGCUCAAGUUAUUAUAUCCGCAGACGAAAUCCAAGUGACGCCGUUUCUCCGUCAUAGUGCUGAGUACUGGCCUACACAUAUUAAAGCU